CGCCAAGCGGGGGAAGAGAAGACGACUAGGUAUCCGUAGCUAGGGGAGAUGAGAGGAAGCCAAAUGGCGAUUGUGUAUUUAAUUACACGAUGGUUCCUCUGCUGUUUCUAGAGUUCUUCUUUUUUUUUUCUCCCUCACCCUCAUCAAUCGCUUCGCUUUUGGAUUUCCCAAAUCGCAUCGUCUCUCACUGAGUCUCUCACUCUUUCGUGUUUGUUUUUCCCACACAUUCUUUUUUCUUUAACCAGUCACCACAUUCUUUCUUUGUGAUUUAACAAAACAAAUCGCCAAAAUGCACUUCAACAACGCUCUCAUGGCCGCCGUCGCCGUCGCCGGCUCCGUCUCCGGCCUCGCCGUCCGCCAGACCCCCAUCUGGCAGACCCUCCCCGCGACCCCGAACCUCCCCACCCCCAUCUCCACGGCCAAGACGGCCAUCAACGGCAUCCAGAUGUGGUUCCAGGAGUACAACAAGGCGGCCGGCGGCGUCCCCAUCGUCAUGGACCACGGCGGCCUCGGCUACUCCGCCUACUUCGGCUCCGUCAUCUCCCGCCUCGUAUCCGCGGGCCACUACGUCAUCGCCGUCGACCGCCGCGGCCACGGCCGCACGACCUACAACAAGGACGACGUCUUCACCUACGACCAGAUGGCGCUCGAUAUCCACGACCUCCUCGCCGGCGCCGGCGUGUCCUCGUACAACGUCGUCGGCUGGUCUGAUGGUGGUAUCACCACCCUCGCGGCGCUCAUCAACUCCGUCACGGCUAAGCCUAUCAACAAGGCCUUCAUCUUCGGCGCCUCGGCCAAGCCUGACCAGACCAACGCCACCUUCAGCGACACUGCCAUCUUCUCUACUCUGGUUGCCCGCUGCAGAACCGAGUACGGCACCCUCCAGCCCGGAGCCAACUUCACCGAGUUCGCGACCAAGGUUGCCACCAUGGAGGGCACUUUGCCCCAGUUCACCGAUGCGCAGCUGAAGAGCAUUCCUGGUGCCAAGGUCAUGAUUGCCGGCGCUGAGCACGAGGAGGCUGUCAACCGCGACGUCCCCGGUAUCCUGAACAAGGCUAUCCCCGGCAGCAAGGUCACCAUCCUCACUGGUGUCAGCCACUUUGCGCCCAUGCAGGACCCUGACCAGUUCACCAAGGCUGUUACCGACUUCUUCAAGGCAUAAGGGGAAGGCCUUUGUUCGGUUGUUUGUUUUGAUUUCCAC